CAAAUUUACCAUUUCAACGGGCAAGGGACGAUUCAGUGUAAACGGUUCAGUGCAGCAUUUUUAGGCCAUAACUUUUCUGUUUUUUUUUGCAAUAUUUCAGGAAUUUUGAUUCAAAGGCUCGAGAUAAAGCAUCCUUUUCAUAAGUAGGAUGGAUGAUCUUAGCAUUCUACAAGGAGUUUUAGCAGAAAAAUUAGUUUUCAGCUUUAACUUUGUAGAAUAUUCAGAUUAGUCCAAUUAUGAAACCGCAACUCGCGACUUUUCGAAUGACGAUAGAAUUCAUUCGAAUUGAGUUUUGAAAACUUUUAUUUUUUAGUUUUAAGAUAACAAAUAAUUAAAUAUUCAAUGGCUACAUCAAAGCCAACUAUGUUGGAGAAGCUUGUAAGAAAUCUUGCUGUUUUAUAUCGUUACCACGUUGUGCAAAAAGGGCCGCGUCGUAUGGAAAUGCUUAAAAAAGUUUGGGAACGUGAACUGGCUCCACCAACGCCGAAAGAUUGGCCACAGAUCAAACAAGAUUUUGCACUUUUGGUCAAGAAAAUCGAAACUGAGGCUUAUCGCGAAUUAAAAGUCAAGGAAUUUUUGGUUUAUUCUUUUGUUGGUUUGGAGGUUUUCCUUUGGUUCUUUGUUGGAGAGCAAAUUGGUCGGUGGAACAUGUCAGGCUAUGUUAUCCCAGCAACUUAUCUUGAUCCGGUAUAUUUUGGAAAAUUAAAUUUUAUAUGA